UAAACGUCACUUAACAUUAAAACGAUUUUGACAGUUCUAAAUAAGUACAAUAACAAUUUAGAUUUGCAAAACAAACAACAAUCGACAAUUUUUUUUUUCUUGUAUUUUUUAAGUAUCACAGUAUUUAAUAGCCAUGGUAAUUCGAUUAGUUUUUAGGAGAAUACCACAAAUUAUACAAAAAAUGACAACAGCUGAUUCGAAUAGUUUAUUUACAAAGUAUAUUAAAAUAGCCGCUGUCGUGGCUAUAUACUGGAUUAUUUCGAUUGUGACAGUUUUUGUGAAUAAAGCACUAUUAAGUAGUGAUACUGUCCAAUUGGAUGCACCGCUAUUCGUCACAUGGAUACAAUGCAUCAUUUCCGUUGUGAUAUGUUUAGCAUUAGGUCUAAUAAAACGAUCAUAUUUACCAAAUCCAUAUGAUGUUUUCAGCGAAAAUAUAAUCAAAACGGCAAUGCCGGUUGCAAUCCUAUUUACAGCAAUGAUAUCCCUGAAUAAUUUGUGCUUGAAACAUGUACCCGUUUCAUUUUACUACAUUGGACGAUCCUUAACAACAGUAUUUAAUGUAAUACUUUCGUAUACACUACUCGGACAAACAUCAAGUUUCAAUUGUAUAUUAUGCUGUGCGAUAAUUGUGGGUGGAUUUUGGCUUGGUGUUGAUCAAGAAAGUGUUAGUGGUUCAUUUUCUCUCUUGGGGACGAUAUUCGGUGUUUUGGGAUCGAUAAGUUUAUCGCUAUAUUCUAUAUAUACAAAGAAAACGUUGCCAAAGAUAAACGAUCAAGUGUUGCUGCUAAAUUACUAUGUAAAUGUAUAUGCAAUCUUUCUUUUUAUCCCAUUGAUGUUGUUUAGUGGUGAAAUUCGUAGUGUGUUCGAGUAUAGGUAUUUGAAUGAGCUUUGGUUAUGGAUGGCUCUUUCUGUGGGUGGUAUUUGCGGUUUUUCGAUUGGAUAUGUAACCGCACUUCAAAUCAAAGUCACUUCACCGUUAACGCAUAACAUCUCGGGAACGGCCAAAGCAUGUGCCCAGACAGUUUUAGCAAGCACUUGGAACCACGAGAAUCGAUCAACACUGUGGUGGCUUUCAAAUGUUGUCGUUUUAUUCGGAAGCAGUCUUUAUGCUCGUGUAAAACAACUGGAAAUGGAUAAGAACUAUAGUCAACAAUUAAUUCAAAGCGAUAAAGUCUGAAUCUUCUAUCUAAAGCGAUCUGUUAAAUUAAAAAUUUGUAACGCUUUAAUCGUGUCAAAGGAUUAUAUGCAGCAAAGGAAUACAUAUUCCACAUGCCAUUUGUUUUAUUUGCAUAAUGUGAACCCGACCGAACAAAAUGUUCAUUUUUAAUUUUGUAUUCGAAUUGAUUUGUCACAGAAAAA